GAGUAUAUAUCGGGUUGGUGUGUGUGUCUGUAUAUGCGCGGACAUAAGUUGGGGUGUCGUAGUUUAAUUAUAAAAUGAAAUUUCAAUUAUUAUAACUAUGCUAGAUUUAGCACUUUAUUUUUUACGAAAAUACAAGUACGAAUAAGAUUUUUUAAAUGUUAAUCGAAAGUUGAACGCUAAAGGAUCUUAUCUUAAAAGUGAAGUGUUUAAAAAUUUAGAAUAAUGAAAAAAUAAGGUGUUACCUUGGAAUGAAAAAAAGAAAAAACUGUCAGUAUUACAUACUAUAACAAGGAGUAGAAACGGAAAAAGUACUUUACAUAUGCCAAACUUAAACAUUUAAUAACAACAAAAACUACAAUAUAUCUUAUCAUUAAAGUGCAAGUGUCUGUUGGUCGGUCGGUUAGUCGUUCGGUCUGUCUGUCCGUUUGUCUCUUUGUGAAAGUAAUUAUUUAUUUAUUCUUUCUUAACUUUAUUAUUAUUUUAUAAUGUACUACAUAGAAUUGGAUUUUUGACAAUUAGUCAUGCUGAAAAAAGGUUUAGUACUAUAAUUCUAAAGAAUUAAAAUGUAAAGUGUCGUCAUCGUUUGUUCAUGUAGUGAAAAAAUAUUAAUUAAAUUAUGAAAUAAUUAAGCCGAGAAAAGUGAAAAAAAACAACAAAAAGCCUAUAAAAAUUUCUUACCAGCCAAAAAGUACAUUCGAUAAAAGCUUUAACAAAACAAAAGACAACAAAAUCUAAAAAAUAUAAAAAAGUAAAACAGUAUAAUAUACAAAAAAAAAAGUAAAAAGUAAAUUCCAAAAAAAUAUGUACUUAUCUUAAUCUUAAAAUUAUCAUACAAACUUGCGGCGUAUUGUUUUUGUAGUCGUACUUGUGAGAGUGUGUUAAAUUUUUUUGCAACAUGUUUCAACUUUAUACAUUGAGAAGAUAAUUAAUUAAUAAAAAAAAAACAGAAAGAAAGACAAAUAUUAUUAUUUUGGGAAUUAUUGCACUUAAUAUACAUUUAAUGAACAUUUCAACAUAAUGGCUGAAGCACUGGCUGAAGGACAAAUUCAUGGUUAUAGUGAUAAUGACACAUCAGAUACAUGCCGCUUGCGAAUUGUUGUUUUGAACGGAAAAACCUUAGCAAAAAAGGACAUUUUUGGAGCCAGUGAUCCUUACGUGAGAAUUGAUCUCAAUACAAUAAAUGGUGACAUCAAUAUUGACUCUGUUUUAACGAAAACCAAGAAAAAGACUCUUAAUCCUACAUGGAAUGAAGAAUUUUUAUUUAGAGUCAAGCCCUCUGAACACAAAUUGGUAUUUCAAGUAUUUGACGAAAAUAGACUUACAAGAGAUGACUUCUUGGGCAUGGUAGAAUUAACAUUGGCAAACUUGCCAACCGAACAAGAGGGAAUAGUUUUAGAACCGCAAAGUUAUCCUUUAAGGCCUAGAAGGUCAGUAGGUGCUAAAUCGCGCAUUAAAGGAACUCUGGAAAUCUAUCAUGCAUUUAUACAUGAACAAAGAGAAACGGUGGAACCGACAUCUAAUUCAAACGAGUGGGAACAUGUUGAAAUUGUUUCACUAACCGGUGCAGCUCAGAAUGCUCCUACCGUUAAUGGUGGAAAUGAUAUAUUGCCACCGGGUUGGGAAGAACGUCAAGAUGCCAAUGGUCGUACGUAUUAUGUUAAUCACACCGCUCGAACCACACAGUGGGAAAGACCAACUAUUUUAAAUACGAAUCAUGCAAGUGAUAAUACGGAAGCUGCCGCAUCAGAUUUCCAAAGACGAUUUCACAUUAGUGUGGAUGAUUCCGAAACAACUAGAGCUGCAGCGUACCGUUUAAGAGGUUUAUCAAAUCGUGACUUCAAUCAGCCCAUUAAUAUUUUAACUAAUAACAACUUAAAACAUGCAGACGACCUUACUGAAAACGACUCGAACAGUAGUCUUAGCAGAUCUUUUAGUACAGACAGUUCCUGUAGUGGAACAUGUAGCGAAAUUGAAUGUACAUCGAUAAAUGAACAUUCCAACAGCCAUUGUUGUAAUUGUGGUACAGUUCAAAAUCAAUUGGACAGUGAAAUCAAUGAAUUGAUACGUUUAGGAAAAAUCGAUAAUCAAGAAAGUAUUGAUGAGGAUGUUAUAAAUCGUAUUGUCCAAAAUCAUCAAUGUUCAACAGGCAGUAACAGCAUGGGAAACAGCAAUAUUACUAAACAGAACGAUGAUGGCGACCAGAUCGAUAGUGGAAAUCGUUCUCAAACAUCAGGGUCAUCAACUAGGCGCAAUUCAGUUGAAGAUAACAACGCCGCUGUAACAGAGCAGCCUCCACCCACUACUGAAGAAGAAGAGCCCUUACCUCCUAGAUGGUCAAUGCAAGUGGCGCCUAAUGGACGUACAUUCUUUAUUGAUCAUGCUGCUAGACGCACUACAUGGAUAGAUCCACGCAAUGGACGCGCUAGCCCUAUGCCUAAUCAAACACAACAACGUGGUGAGGAUGAUUUAGGACCACUGCCCGAGGGUUGGGAAGAGCGUGUACAUACAGAUGGUCGUGUCUUUUAUAUAGAUCACAAUACAAGGACAACACAAUGGGAAGAUCCAAGACUUUCAAAUCCUAAUAUUGCUGGACAAGCUGUACCCUAUUCUAGAGAUUACAAACAAAAGUAUGAAUACUUUAAGAGCCACCUUAGAAAACCAACAAAUGUACCGAAUAAAUUUGAAAUUCGUGUACGAAGAACAUCCAUACUGGAGGAUUCUUAUAGAAUUAUUAGCCAAGUAACUAAAACUGAUUUACUAAAGACCAAAUUAUGGGUAGAAUUUGAAGGAGAAACAGGUUUAGAUUAUGGUGGUCUAGCUAGAGAGUGGUUUUAUUUAUUGUCUAAAGAAAUGUUUAAUCCAUAUUAUGGCCUAUUUGAAUAUUCAGCCAUGGACAAUUACACUUUGCAAAUUAAUAAUGGCAGUGGUUUGUGCAAUGAAGAUCAUUUGCACUAUUUCAAAUUUAUUGGCCGUAUUGCUGGUAUGGCAGUUUAUCAUGGCAAAUUACUUGAUGCCUUUUUCAUACGUCCUUUCUACAAAAUGAUGUUACAAAAGCCUAUUGAUCUAAAAGAUAUGGAAUCGGUUGAUACCGAAUAUUAUAAUUCCCUUAUGUGGAUUAAAGAAAAUGAUCCCAGACAAUUAGAGUUAACAUUCUGUGUGGAUGAGGAUAUAUUUGGACAAAAGAGCCAGCAUGAAUUGAAGGGAGAAGGCGCCAAUAUUGAAGUUACCAAUGAAAACAAAGAUGAAUAUAUUAAGCUGGUUAUUGAAUGGCGUUUUGUGGCCCGCGUUAAAGAACAAAUGACCGCCUUUUUAGAUGGUUUCGGUUCAGUGAUUCCUUUAAAUUUAAUUAAGAUUUUCGACGAACAUGAGUUGGAGCUAUUGAUGUGUGGUAUUCAAAAUAUCGAUGUUAAAGAUUGGCGUGAGAAUACUUUGUACAAAGGCGACUAUCAUCAAAAUCAUAUUAUUAUACAAUGGUUCUGGCGUGCCGUCCUCUCAUUCUCAAACGAAAUGCGUUCACGUUUGCUGCAGUUUGUAACGGGUACAUCACGUGUGCCCAUGAAUGGUUUUAAGGAGUUAUACGGUUCGAAUGGACCUCAAAUGUUUACGAUCGAAAAGUGGGGUACACCUAAUAAUUUUCCUCGAGCUCAUACAUGUUUCAAUCGUUUGGAUUUACCCCCCUAUGAAGGUUAUUUACAAUUAAAAGAUAAACUAAUCAAGGCUAUCGAAGGUAGUCAAGGAUUUGCUGGUGUUGACUAAUAUUUUGUUCAACAAAUGUCUGGACAUGCAUCACAAAACUAUGUACGUUUAGAAAAACGUUGUCUACCACUUUAUUGUAUGUUGAUUUUAAUAAAAUCUCAUUUUGAUAAUGCUGUCAGUGAAUAUGUACUAUACUAUAUUAAACUAAGUGUACAACGAAUACUAAAUAAUAUAAAAAAUAAUAAUAAUAAUAAUAAUAAUAAUAUAAUAGACAACAGAUGCGUAAUUACUACGUGGCCUUUUCCAUAUAACUAUUGUACUUAAAAGAAAUGUAUUUGUUCUUUUUUUCCAAACUGUU